CCAUUUCCUCCUCGGAGCCGGACGGGAGGGAGACAAAGCGGCGGCCCUCGGCUUCGCGCCUCCGGACGCUCUCAGCGCUCGCCCCGCUCGCCGCAGGUAACUCUCGGCACCUCUCCCCCCCCCCCCACACCCCCGGGGGACGCGGCUGCUCCCGUCGGAAAUGACUACUGUCCACACAGGCAACAUAAACUUCAAAUGGGACCCCAAAAGUCUAGAGAUCAGGACUUUGGCAGUAGAGAGACUGUUGGAGCCCCUCGUUACACAGGUUACAACCCUGGUAAACACCAAUACUAAGGGACCCUCUAAUAAAAAAAGAGGUCGUUCUAAAAAGGCUCAUGUUUUGGCUGCAUCUGUUGAACAAGCAACUGAGAAUUUCUUGGACAAAGGGGAUAAAAUUGCAAAAGAGAGUCAGUUUCUCAAGGAAGAGCUUGUGGCUGCUGUAGAAGAUGUACGAAAACAAGGAGAUUUGAUGAAGAGUGCUGCAGGAGAGUUUGCAGAUGAUCCGUGUUCUUCUGUUAAGCGAGGCAACAUGGUUCGGGCAGCUCGAGCCUUGCUUUCUGCUGUUACCCGGCUACUCAUUCUGGCUGACAUGGCAGAUGUCUACAAAUUACUUGUUCAGCUGAAAGUUGUGGAAGAUGGUAUCUUGAAAUUGAGGAAUGCUGGAAAUGAACAAGACUUAGGAAUACAAUAUAAAGCCUUGAAACCUGAAGUGGAUAAAUUGAACAUUAUGGCAGCUAAAAGACAACAGGAACUGAAAGAUGUAGGCCAUCGUGAUCAGAUGGCUGCAGCUAGAGGAAUCCUGCAGAAAAAUGUUCCAAUCCUCUAUACUGCAUCCCAGGCGUGCUUACAGCACCCUGAUGUUGCUGCCUAUAAGGCCAACCGGGAUUUGAUAUACAAGCAGCUGCAACAGGCUGUCACAGGCAUUUCUAAUGCAGCCCAGGCUACUACAUCAGACGAUGCCUCCCAGCACCAGGGAAGUGGUGGAGGAGAACUGGCCUAUGCUCUCAACAACUUUGAUAAACAAAUUAUCGUGGACCCCCUGAGCUUCAGUGAGGAGCGCUUCAGGCCUUCCUUGGAGGAGCGCCUGGAGAGCAUCAUCAGUGGAGCUGCCCUGAUGGCCGACUCCUCCUGCACACGUGACGACCGGCGCGAGCGCAUCGUGGCGGAGUGCAACGCGGUUCGCCAGGCCCUGCAGGACCUGCUCUCUGAGUACAUGGGCAACGCUGGCCGUAAAGAAAGAAGUGACGCUCUCAAUUCUGCAAUAGAUAAAAUGACCAAGAAGACCAGGGACCUGCGUCGACAGCUUCGCAAGGCUGUCAUGGACCAUGUUUCAGAUUCUUUCCUGGAAACCAAUGUUCCACUUUUAGUAUUGAUUGAAGCUGCAAAAAACGGAAAUGAGAAAGAAGUUAAGGAGUAUGCUCAAGUUUUUCGUGAACAUGCCAACAAGUUGAUUGAGGUUGCCAACUUGGCCUGUUCUAUCUCAAACAAUGAGGAAGGCGUGAAGCUUGUCCGGAUGUCUGCCAGCCAGUUAGAAGCCCUCUGCCCUCAGGUUAUCAAUGCUGCACUGGCUCUAGCAGCAAAACCACAAAGUAAACUGGCCCAGGAAAACAUGGAUCUUUUUAAAGAACAGUGGGAGAAACAAGUCCGUGUUCUCACAGAUGCUGUUGAUGACAUCACUUCCAUUGACGACUUCCUAGCUGUCUCAGAGAACCACAUCUUGGAAGAUGUGAACAAGUGCGUCAUUGCUCUCCAAGAGAAGGACGUGGACGGGCUGGACCGCACGGCCGGCGCCAUCCGAGGCCGGGCAGCCCGGGUCAUCCACGUCGUCACCUCUGAGAUGGACAACUACGAGCCCGGAGUCUACACCGAGAAGGUCCUGGAGGCCACCAAGCUGCUCUCCAACACAGUCAUGCCCCGGUUCACUGAGCAAGUGGAAGCAGCUGUCGAAGCCCUCAGCUCAGACCCUGCCCAGCCAAUGGACGAGAACGAGUUUAUCGAUGCCUCCCGCCUGGUGUAUGACGGGAUCCGGGACAUCAGGAAAGCAGUGCUGAUGAUCAGGACCCCUGAAGAGCUGGAUGACUCCGAUUUCGAGACGGAAGAUUUUGAUGUCCGAAGUAGGACAAGUGUCCAAACAGAAGACGACCAGCUGAUAGCUGGCCAGAGUGCUCGGGCGAUCAUGGCCCAGCUUCCCCAGGAGCAAAAAGCAAAGAUUGCAGAACAGGUGGCCAGUUUCCAGGAAGAGAAAAGCAAGCUGGAUGCGGAAGUGUCCAAAUGGGACGACAGUGGCAACGACAUCAUUGUGCUGGCCAAGCAGAUGUGCAUGAUUAUGAUGGAGAUGACCGACUUCACCCGAGGGAAAGGACCACUCAAAAAUACAUCCGAUGUCAUCAGCGCUGCCAAGAAGAUUGCGGAGGCUGGGUCUAGGAUGGAUAAACUGGGCCGGACCAUCGCCGACCACUGCCCAGACUCGGCCUGCAAGCAGGACCUCCUCGCCUACCUGCAGCGCAUCGCGCUCUACUGCCAUCAGCUCAACAUCUGCAGCAAAGUCAAGGCCGAGGUUCAGAACCUGGGGGGAGAGCUCGUCGUCUCUGGGGUGGACAGCGCAAUGUCUCUGAUCCAAGCAGCCAAGAACUUGAUGAACGCAGUGGUGCAGACGGUGAAGGCCUCCUACGUGGCCUCCACCAAGUACCAGAAGUCGCAGGGCAUGGCUUCCCUCAACCUGCCCGCCGUGUCGUGGAAGAUGAAGGCGCCGGAAAAGAAGCCCUUGGUGAAGAGAGAGAAACAGGACGAGACGCAGACCAAGAUCAAGCGAGCGUCUCAGAAGAAGCACGUGAACCCCGUGCAGGCCCUCAGCGAGUUCAAGGCCAUGGAGAGCAUCUAGGCCCGGCUCCUGUCCUCACGCACACGCAUUUGCUACGUAGAGAACACAGGUUAGAGGCCCCGGAAAAGGCAGAUUUUUGAACCAAGGUGAUGAGUUUUGUAAGGACAAUAUUUGUGUUUUUAAAUUGGUCAAAAAAUGCUUUUCUAGAAAUCAAGCAUAUUUCUAGUUAUAUUUUUAUAAGCUUAAUGAAAAUAAAUUCAUAACCAAAGAGAAAACCACAUUAACUUGUUAGUGAUACUCAUAACUAGGUUGGAUACGUGUUUUCCAGAGGAGGUGAAGGUUUGAGGAGAGAGGCUCGCUUCGUCGGCCUGGGGUGUGCGCAGUGUGGUCCUCAGUGAGCAGCCCGAGGCACAGGCUGUGUGGAAGGAAUUUACCAGAAAGCUCUGAGGAAUGAACCAUAUGAAGUAAAACAUAAUAGAUCACGAAAAAACUGAUGACUCUCUUUAUGAAAUGGGAAUUAUAAUGCAUGGCUACAAUUACUAAUGUACUCUGCUGCAGGCCAUUAAUAAAGUUGCCUUUCCCCCUUUCUUCCAGCUUCCAAUGCAAAUUCAUCAUUGGGCUCACUUGUAAUAAAUGCCGUUUCCUGCCUUGGGCUCCCGACGGAAGCCUGACGCACUAGUGUUUGCUUAGGCGAUAAUUUAGACUUUACCUUAUUUGUGAUUACUAUAGCUACAAGGUAUAAUUUUACUGUCUUAUUUAAAUCUUAUGAAUUUGAAUGUUUUUUACACUAACUUUUCCCAAUAAAGUCCACUUCAUGAAACCAA